AUGCGCCUCUUCGUAGGCCAUCUCUUCCCCCUUAUCCUCCUCCUAUUGCUCAAUAUCGCUCGCGCUUCGGCCAAGAUCAACACAUCAUGCGUGAAAGUCGUCACUGCAUUGGCCGGCCGUCCCAGUGACCUCUUUGACAAAUUCCAACAGCAUAUCUGCGAUCGAGGCUGCCGACCGACCGUUCCACACUGGGAUCUCUGGACGCGGGAUAACUCCUUCCUCCCCGCCGUGCGCAGCGUGAUGAAACGACUCGAUGCGCCGCGACAAGAAGAGGCGAUGAUUAAACUGGGAGACGAUGUCGCGGACAUUAUCAAGCGUCGGUGUGGUCCAAUGCUCCAUGGCGGAGAUCUCUGUUCGGAUUCGGAGACGCUGGCGGGUUUCGGGAAUUGUUUCAAAAAGAGCUUCGUCCGGGCGGCUUUAAUGAAUUUGCCGACAUUGCUACCUAUGGUCAGUGAGGAGGUUUGUCGGGAGCAGUACGAGUAUCUCAAGACGGAUCAGUUAUGGGAGGAGAUUAUCCCAAACAACAUGAAGGAGUACGCGAGUCCCGCUCGGUACGUUCACCCGGGCGCUUAUAAACCCUUUGUUCCUCCCUCCCCCAGCGAAUUAGGGAAACCCGCCCCCGCAAAGACCUAUGAUCGGACCCGCAAGUGGCUCCGACGUCUUGUCUACCUGUCGCUGGCCGGCGGGGUGGUCUAUACCAUUGAUAGCCAGUUCUACGCAUCAUCUCUGACUAGAACCGCCCGAACGUUUACGUUAGGCUUAAUCGUGGCUCUGGAUUAUAAGAUCAACUUCCGACCGGAACCUCUCCUCGCUAACUCCAUCAACGACCUGCACACUCGCAAUGCCGAACGACUAUCGGACUUACUGCGGCAGAAUGGCGGUCUCUACCUCAAAAUCGGCCAGGCAAUUGCUAUGCAGUCAGCGAUAUUACCGCCUGAGUUCCAGAAGAUGUUCUCGCGCAUGUUCGAUGAUGCCCCGCAAAACGACUGGAGGGAAGUAGAGAAGGUCAUCCGUGAGGACUUCGGCAAGUCACCGGAAGAGGUCUUUGGCGUGUCGUUCACCGGCGAUCCGACUAAGGGUGUCAUGGAGCGCAAGGCCAGAGCCAGUGCCAGUGUAGCGCAGGUCCACUGGGCCCGAUUGGCCGACGGAAGAGAGGUCGCGGUGAAGAUCCAGAAGCGGGAAAUUGCGCAGCAGAUUCAAUGGGAUCUAUGGGCGUUUAAAGUCGUCACCUGGAUCUAUAGUCGCGUAUUCGAUAUCCCGUUUUACUCUCUGGUCCCAUAUGUCAGCGAGCGCCUGUCCCUGGAGACGGACUUUGAGAAUGAAGCGGAUAACUCAGAGAAGAUGGCCCGACUCGUCGCAGGCGAGUCGCGCCUCCGGAAUCGGGUCUAUAUCCCCAAGGUCUAUCGCGAGCUGAGCUCCAAGCGUGUCAUGACGGCGGAAUGGAUCGAGGGCGUCCGACUCUGGGAUAAGGAUACUAUCACGCGAUCAUGGCGAGGUGGAUGGCGCCAGGGUAGCCCAGGAUGUCAUGGAGCUCCACUGGACCCUCCGCAGCCCGAAAGCACAUCGGCCAGGAUCGCUCAAAAUCCGACCGUCACCAAAAUCAAACCAGAGCGCGAUCACUGGCGCGGAUGGAAUGGCCGCGGCGGACUCGGCCUCUCCCUGAAAGAAGUGAUGACCACGAUGGUCGACUUGUUCUCCGCUCAGAUGUUCCUUUGGGGGAUCGUGCAUUGUGACCCGCACCCGGGCAAUAUCUUCGUCCGUCGCAAACCCUCCGGCCAGCCAGAACUCGUCCUGAUCGACCACGGCCUCUACAUCCACAUGGGAACAGACUUCAGACACCAAUACGCCCGCUUCUGGAAAGCGCUUCUCACCUUUGACAACAACGCCAUCCACGACGUCGUCAAACAAUGGGGCGUAACCAACCCUGACAUCUUCGCCUCCGCCACCCUCAUGCGCCCUUACCAGGGCGGCGACCUCUCGACCCAACAACACUUCGAAGGCCUUUCCAAAAAGGACCGCGCCCAGCGCCACUACGAAGCCCAACAAGCCGCCCGCAAGGGCAUCCGUCAGAUCCUCGGCGACGAAACCAAGUGGCCCAAGGAACUCAUCUUCAUCGGCCGCAACCUGCGCAUCGUCCAAGCCAACAAUCAAUUCCUCGGCUCCCCUGUCAACCGCAUCAAGAUCACCGGCACCUGGGCAUCACGCGCGCUCGUCGAGUCCCCCGAUCUCCCGAUCAACGAAAAGAUCCGGAACUACGGCCGUCAUCUCCUUUUCCGGCUCGUGCUCUUCACCAGCGAUAUCUACUUCUACUUCACGAAAGUGAGACAGUUCCUGAGACUCGGCGGGGGGAUGGAAGAUUCCCUGGAAGCGCAGAUGCAGACGAUGGCCAGGGAUAUGGGGAUGGAUUUGCAGCAGAAUGUGUUCGAGGGGUAG